CCUGAGGGGCUGGGGGCGGAGCGUCUGGGCAGCGAACUAGGAGGCUUUUCGGCCAGCGAUUGCUUGAAAAGCGCCGCCGCCGCUAGGCCCGGGGCAGGCAAUGGCAGGGGACGUGUGAUCGCGGACAGUGAGAGGGCCACUGCUAUCAUGCCCGGGCGCGCGGGCGCCGCCCGGUUCUGCUUGCUGGCUCUCGCUCUGCAGCUACACUGGCCGCUGGCGGCGUGCGAGCCGGCACAGACCACAAGAGGAAGUCAAGAAGGCCCCCAGCUACAGCAUGAACUUGUAAUACCUCAGUGGUGGACUUCAGAAAGCCCGGGGAGAGGAAAGCAUCCACUCACAGCGGAGCUCAGGGUCAUGGCUGAAGGGCGAGAGCUGGUCCUGGACCUGGAGAAAAAUGAGCACCUUUUUGCUCCAGCCUACACAGAAACCUGCUACACAGCAAGUGGCAACCCUCAAACCAGCACGCUGAAGUCUGAGGAUCACUGCUUUUACCAUGGGACUGUGAGGGGAGCCAAAGAGUCCAGCGUCACACUCAGCACCUGCCGCGGAAUUAGAGGACUGAUUAUCGUGAGAAGUAACCUUAGCUACAUCAUCGAGCCUGUUCCCGACAGCGACAGCCAACACCGUAUUUACAGAUCUGAACAUCUCAAGCUACCCCCGGGGAACUGUGGGUUCGAGCACUCCAAGCCCACCGCUAAGGACUGGGCCCUUCAGUUUACACAGCAAACCAAAAAGCAACCUCGAAGAAUGAAACGGGAAGAUUUACAGUCUAUGAAGUACGUGGAGCUUUACCUGGUGGCUGAUUACUCAGAGUUUCAGAAGAAUCGGCAUGACCAGGAUGCCACCAAACACAAGCUCAUGGAGAUCGCCAACUAUGUUGAUAAGUUCUACCGAUCCCUGAACAUCCGGAUUGCUCUUGUGGGCUUGGAGGUGUGGACGCAUGGAGAUAAGUGUGAAGUCUCAGAAAAUCCAUACUCUACCCUUUGGUCCUUCCUUAGCUGGAGGCGCAAGCUACUUGCCCAGAAGAGCCACGACAAUGCGCAGCUGAUCACGGGCAGGUCCUUUCAAGGUACCACCAUUGGCCUGGCCCCACUCAUGGCUAUGUGCUCUGUGUACCAGUCUGGAGGUGUCAGCAUGGACCACUCUGAGAAUGCCAUCGGCGUGGCUUCCACUGUGGCCCAUGAGAUUGGCCACAACUUUGGCAUGAGCCAUGAUUCUGCACAUUGCUGUUCUGCCAGCGCAGCUGAUGGUGGGUGCAUCAUGGCAGCUGCCACUGGGCACCCUUUCCCCAGAGUGUUCAGUUGGUGUAACAGGAGGGAACUGGACAGGUAUCUGCAGUCCGGAGGUGGGAUGUGCCUCUCUAACAUGCCAGACACAAGGACACUGUAUGGAGGCCGGAGGUGUGGCAAUGGGUACCUGGAAGAAGGGGAAGAAUGUGACUGUGGGGAGGAAGAGGAAUGUAAAAACCCUUGCUGCAAUGCCUCUAACUGCACUUUGAAGGAAGGGGCUGAGUGUGCCCAUGGUUCCUGCUGUCACCAAUGUAAGCUGGUGGCUCCUGGAACCCCGUGUCGUGAGCAGGUGCGACAGUGUGACCUGCCUGAGUUUUGCACUGGCAAGUCACCCCACUGCCCCACCAACUUUUACCAGAUGGAUGGCACCCCCUGCGAGGGUGGCCAGGCCUACUGCUACAAUGGCAUGUGCCUCACUUACCAGGAACAGUGCCAGCAGCUGUGGGGACCUGGAGCCCGGCCUGCCCUCGAUCUCUGCUUUGAGCGGGUGAACGCAGCUGGAGACACCUAUGGGAACUGUGGCAAGGGCCUGAAUGGCAAAUACAGGAAGUGCAGCCCCAGGGAUGCCAAGUGUGGGAAGAUCCAGUGUCAGAGCACCCAGGCCCGGCCCCUGGAAUCCAAUGCGGUCUCCAUUGACACCACCAUCACCUUGAAUGGGAGGCGCAUCCACUGUCGAGGCACCCAUGUCUACCGGGGACCUGAGGAGGAGGAAGGGGAAGGUGACAUGCUGGACCCAGGCCUGGUGAUGACUGGGACCAAGUGUGGUCACAACCAUAUUUGCUUCGAGGGACAGUGCAGGAACACCUCCUUCUUCGAGACUGAAGGCUGUGGGAAAAAGUGCAAUGGUCAUGGGGUCUGCAACAACAACCAGAACUGUCAUUGCUUCCAUGGCUGGGCUCCACCUUUCUGUAACACCCCAGGAGAUGGCGGCAGCAUUGACAGUGGCCCUUUGCCCCCCAAGAGUGUGGGUCCCGUGAUAGCUGGGGUGUUUUCAGCCCUCUUCCUGCUGGCUGUCCUCCUGCUGUUAUUCCACUGCUACAGACAGAGCCACAAACUGGGCAAGCCCUCGACCCUCCCCUUCAAGCUGCGGCAACAGUUCAGCUGUCCCUUCAGGGUGUCUCAGAGUGGUGGAACUGGCCAUGCCAACCCAACUUUCAAGUUGCAGACGCCCCAGGGCAAGCGAAAGGUGACCAACACCCCAGAAACUCUCCGGAAGCCCUCCCAUCCUCCUCCCCGGCCCCCUCCAGACUACUUGCACGUGGAAUCCCCACCUGCUCCAUUGCCAGCACAUCUGAACAGGGCUGCCAGGAGCUCCCCAGAAACUGGGGCUCAGGUAGAAAGAAAGGAGUCAGCCAGGAGACCUCCCCCAAGCCGGCCCAUGCCCCCUGCACCGAACUGCCUACUGUCCCAGGAUUUCUCUAGACCUCGGCCACCCCAGAAGGCACUCCCAGCAAACCCUGUGCCAGGCCACAGGACCGUUCCCAGGCCAGGAGGCACCUCCCUGCUGCAGCCACCUACUGCUGGUCCUCAGCCUCCCCGGCCUCCCACAGUAUCUCUCCCAAAGCUUCCUGAGUACAGAUCACAGAGGGCCAGAGGGAUAACUAGCUCCAAGAUCUAGAAUUGUCUGGAAGUCUCUUGUUUCCCUUGAAGACUCUGGAUGCCAUAGAAGGUCCAGAAGAAAGAAGCCUGCUCGGCGACCCUGAAGCUUCUCUAGCUUUCUGGAAUGCCCCAUCUCCAGACACUCCCUUCUUGCCCCAGUGCCUCCUGUUUCCUCUGAGGCCCAGAGGGACUUCUAUCUGAUGGCUUCUAAGUGUUGUCCUGUGCAAUAUACAGCCCUGGUAGGAAGGGGGAGCAGAUGGAGGAGGAUGGGGAAGAUUCUCCCUCAGCCCCCUAGCCAAGAGCUACCAAUGACGGUCAGGGAAGUCUUGAGCUGGUGGUUGGCAGGUGAGGGGGG